AUUUUUUUUAAGUACGCUUCAUGUGCUUGAGAAACCAGGCGUCUACGGCAUGCGAGUGACUUUAUCUUUCCACACGAUCUUUCUUGCACAACCAUAAACACAUCAUCAGGCGUUACUGUGCGAAGGAAAACCCCAUAGAACCGGUUGCAUGAGGAUCAGGAAGAAACAGAAAUGGUUACAAAUGAUGACAAAUCUGGGAUCCGGUUUAAUAAAUCAACGUGAUUGGUGACUUUUUUAUUCUUAUUGUAUUAGUUCUUUGGUUCUUCUCAUGCUGAGUGGCUGCAUAACUCUGGAGCCUGUCGUGACGUGCCUCCUCAGGCGUAGGAAGUGCUCUGGGAACAAGUCUGAGCAACUUUAAGCAGUGCUGCAGAGCCACUGAGGAACUAACACCGGAGUGGAGCUCAGGAAACACAGAGCAGUAUGUAUCUGGGAAACAUGCAAAACUUCUAACUCUGGUGCUGAGGAUUUCAGGACUCCGGAUUCACUAAGCUUCGGAUUAUAUUACUACUCAUAAUGGUAUACCACGCAAGUGACAACUGUACCGCUGGAAGUAAGAAUCUGUACACUUUCUACUUCUCAGUGAUGAUCGUGGAGUUCAUCCUGGCACUCCCUCUGAACCUCACUGUGAUCUACCUCUUCAUUUUUAAACUCAAAUUCUGGAAAAAUAAAAGCAACAACAUUUUCCUGUUCAAUCUGGUCCUGGCGGAUAUCCUGUUGCUGAUCUGCUUGCCUGUCAGGGCGUACUAUUUCCAGCGUGGAGAGAGACGGAGUAACAACGACGUCCUUUGCAACUCGGUGCUCUUCAUGCUUUUUUUGAACCGAGGAGCCAGUAUCGCUUUCCUGACUAUCAUUUCCAUCGACCGGUUUCUGAGCGUGGUCCACCCCGGGAUCAAGAACCCCUUCAAGAUCCGUAAGCGAUCUGUUCUCAUUUCUGUCCUGGUCUGGGUUUUGCUCUUGCCUCUGACCAUCCCGUCCAUGCUGUCCACCUUCGAGUGCUGCGACACGAGCUCCAACUCCACUGAAAACAUCCCUACCGAGGUGUUCAGAGAGCUUGUGUUCUUCACGCCGGUUCUCAUCCCGUUCAUCAUCUUGGUGUACUGCGCCGUAAGGAUCACAAACAGGCUGAAGCAGAAGACGGUCGGAGACAGGACCAAGCUGAAAAGAGCAGUGUUCCUGGUCAUUUUGGUCGUCUUGGUGUUUUCUUUCUGCUUCUGGCCCUCUGCCAUUUCAAGGCUGGUGCUGCUGGUGGUCAGAGUGCAAGAGCUUCCGAGAGCAGAAGAAAUCGCUGUUCAGGUCUACGAUGGCCUCAUGUGCCUUUCCUAUCUGGACUGCCUUCUGGAUCCGAUCGUCUACUGUCUGAGCAGUACCAAGUUCAAAAACUUGUAUAUAUCCACGUAUUUGCCUUUUCUAAUGAAAGCACAACAUGCAGAACAUCACUGAAACUUGUGCAGGAAAAAAACAACACGAAAAAGGUGGAAAAAUAGAGGUGAAUGUAAUAACAAUACAAAAACUACCUGAACUUUAAAAAACAACCAUGAUGAAAUUCAAGAUUUUUAGAGAUACGAUUUUAAACUGUGACAAUGUUGAUUUAUUUUUUGGUUUUACAUUUGGGUUCAAAACAGAAAAACAUUUGUUUAUGUGUCAUUAGUUGGUAAUAUUGUCAUAUUGUUUUUAAUUUUUUAUUUAUACACUGGUAUGCACCGGGUGCUGUAUUAUGUGCUAUAGACUAUAUAUCAUAUUUGUAUUCUUUUAUUAAAUAUACUGGGUUUGUUUUGUAGUAAAAAGUGUUGAUUUUUUUUUUUUCCAGAUAGUUUAAAGGUUAUUUUUUCCAUAGUAUUGCGCACAAUUCAGAUCUCAGGACUUAUAAAAGAAAGAUACUCAGCAAGAUUUAUGUGCAGGAAGGAGAUUAAGUUGAAGUGAAACACAAUUUUGACCUUGCAAAUGCAAUACCACAUCCGCUGCACACUUUGGGACGUCUUGUAGCUUUACGCUGGAUCGAGUGCAAUUUUAAGAGCUGCUUAUGUGCAAUAUACUGAUACAUUAGGGUUGUCUAGUUAUACAAGUUAGAGUAGUUAUACAAAACAACUAUCUUUUUUUUAACGUUGUCAUCAAUGAAAAAAAGGAUUUGUGGCUUCAGUCCAUAUUUCCUAUCCCAGACCCCCAACUCAAAACUUAAUGGUCAUGAUACUGUUGAAAAAUACCACAUUUUUGAUGCUGGCAAUGUUUCUAGAACAGAGUAUUGAACCGGAGUGGAAUUAGAUUCUGAAUAUGCAUAACUUUAUAUAACCUUCAGACUCUGAUGCUGAUUAAAAUACUUAUUUUUUCCACACUAGAAUUAAAGUUUGUUAGCUCAGUUAUUCAUUAUAUGAAAUAGCUUUGGGAAACGGUCAAAAAAAAAAAAAAUGUACAUAAUUUUUUUAUUGAAAAGUGUAAGGAAUUGUGUUUUUUCCUUAACCCCUUUCUUGCAUAUUUCUUUAAUAUUUCAAGAAAAUAAAUGAUCAUUUUAACUCGCUAGAGAUCUUUUUUUUGUUGUUGCUAGUUUAACUGUUUGUUUUUUAAAGGAAAAUUAAUUUUAUUCUUGUGUUUUUAAAUCAUGAAAUAGUCCUUGUAUAUUUACGAGGGAAGGGGAAGCUCAGUUGCUAACAUUUUGGACUUAUUAGAAGGUUGUAAGUUUAAAUCCCAGUAUCACCAAGGUGUCCCUGCUGGGCCCUUGAGAAAGGCCCUUGACCAUCAACUGGUCAGAUGUACAUAAUUUAGAUAAAUUCUAAAUAAAGGCGUCUUACAAAUGCCAUAAAUCAAAAUGUUACUCGUAAGAGAAAUAAUGUUAAAAAUAUUGUCCCAAUAUUGAAAACCCUCUACCGUGUUUUUCAACAUUGCAUUUUUAAGAAUGAAUUGAAAUACAAUUAAAAAUAUCCAUUUUCACCAUA